CACUUUGGGUAAAGAGGAGCAGAACCCCGCCCCAUCCCGCUGCUCCGCUCCUCCGCUGCGUGCGAGGGACGUCAGGGGCGGCGCCGCAGCAGUUACCCCUGGUAACGGGGGAGGCAGAAGGAGGAGGAGGCGGAGGCGGAGGAGGAGGAGGGACUCGGCUUGAGGAUGGGCUUGCUCUCUAUUUUGCGCAAAUUGAAAAGUGCACCAGACCAGGAGGUGCGAAUCCUUCUCCUGGGCUUGGAUAAUGCCGGCAAGACGACUCUGCUGAAGCAGCUUGCAUCUGAAGACAUCAGCCACAUCACACCUACACAGGGUUUUAACAUCAAAAGUGUACAGUCACAAGGGUUUAAACUGAAUGUAUGGGACAUUGGCGGACAGAGGAAAAUCAGGCCAUACUGGAGGAGCUAUUUUGAAAAUACGGAUAUUCUUAUAUAUGUAAUUGACAGCGCAGACAGAAAAAGAUUUGAAGAGACGGGUCAGGAACUAACGGAAUUACUGGAGGAAGAAAAGCUGAGCUGUGUGCCCGUGCUCAUCUUUGCUAACAAGCAGGACCUACUCACGGCAGCCCCCGCCUCCGAGAUCGCAGAAGGGCUGAAUCUACACACCAUCCGGGACCGAGUCUGGCAGAUCCAGUCCUGCUCAGCUCUCACAGGCGAGGGCGUCCAGGAUGGCAUGAACUGGGUCUGCAAGAAUGUCACCGCGAAGAAGAAAUAGUCUAGAGCAGUGGAGAUAAAGGAGCUGUGGGAGCUGCGUUCGGCCCGAAAAGCACUGGUGUGCUGUUUUCUGACCAAAUGCUUUUUCAUCUGCACAGCCGCCGCUGUGUGAGGAGGGGACAACAGCUUCAGAAGAACCCCUCUCCAGCCGUAGGUUUUAACUGAUCUCCAAGGUUCAGUAUCGUUUUUCAAAUAAAGGAAUUAUAUUAUUUCCUCUGCAUAA